CUAAAUUAGUUAACGGGACAUAGGAUGCAGUUUCCGCGGAUAAGCGGAACGAUUCAAGCGGAUCAGUAAGGUUUCUGCCCGGAUUUUGAGAGCCCGUUUCCGCUAACCGCCGGAAGUGUGGAUUCGAGGACGCUUCUUGGAAGAAUCCGCUAUCCGCUGUUUGCACAGACGGAAUUAUGUCGAGUUUGACUGUGAGAGACCCGGCGAUGGAUCGAUCACUGCGUUCCGUGUUCGUGGGGAACAUUCCAUAUGAGGCAACGGAGGAGCAGUUAAAGGACAUUUUCUCGGAGGUUGGUUCUGUUGUCAGUUUCCGGCUGGUGUACGAUAGAGAGACGGGAAAACCCAAGGGUUAUGGCUUCUGCGAGUACCAAGACCAGGAGACCGCGCUUAGUGCCAUGCGGAACCUCAAUGGGCGGGAGUUCAGCGGGCGAGCGCUUCGGGUGGAUAAUGCUGCUAGUGAAAAGAACAAGGAGGAGUUAAAGAGCCUAGGGCCUGCAGCGCCCAUCAUUGACUCACCCUAUGGGGACCCCAUCGAUCCGGAAGAUGCCCCUGAAUCAAUUACUAGAGCAGUCGCCAGUCUUCCUCCGGAGCAGAUGUUUGAGCUAAUGAAGCAGAUGAAGCUCUGCGUCCAAAACAGUCACCAGGAAGCUCGAAACAUGUUGCUUCAAAACCCGCAGCUGGCUUAUGCGCUGUUGCAGGCACAAGUAGUGAUGAGAAUCAUGGAUCCAGAGAUUGCUUUGAAAAUUCUGCAUCGUAAGAUACAUGUCACGCCGCUGAUCCCUGGCAAAUCUCAAUCUGUCUCUGGCCCAGGCCCCUGCCCAGGACCAAAUGUUCUCCUGAACCAGCAGAACCCUCCAGCCCCUCAGCCUCAGCAUUUGGCUAGAAGACCUGUGAAAGACAUUCCUCCUCUGAUGCAGACUCCUAUCCAGGGUGGAAUUCCAGCCCCGGGGGCCAUCCCAACUGCUGUUCCUGGACCUGGAACUGGUUCCUUAACUCCUGGAGGAGCAAUGCAACCCCAGGUUGGAAUGCCAGGGGUUGGCCCAGUGCCUUUAGAGCGGGGACACGUACCGAUGUCAGAUCCCAGAGCUCCUAUACCUCGUGGGCCCAUGACUACUGCUGGCCUGCCUCCUAGAGGACUGUUAGGAGAUGCUCCAAAUGACCCACGUGGAGGGACUUUGCUGACAGUUACUGGAGAAGUAGAGCCCAGAGGUUACUUGGGCCCACCCCAUCAGGGUCCUCCCAUGCACCAUGUCUCUGGGCAUGACACCCGUGGACCUUCCUCACAUGAGAUGAGGGGAGGGCCAUUAGCAGAUCCCAGAAUGCUAAUUGGAGAGCCCAGGGGACCCAUGAUAGAUCAAAGGGGUCUACCCCUGGAUGGUAGAGGUAGUAGAGAUUCUCGAGGGAUGGAGACUCGAGCCAUGGAAACCGAGGUCUUAGAGACACGAGUAAUGGAGAGAAGAGGAAUGGAGACCUGCCCAAUGGAAGUUAGAGGCAUGGAUGCAAGAGGAAUGGAGAUAAGGGGCCCUGGCCCCAGUUCAAGAGGCCCUAUGACCAGUGGAAUCCAGGGUCCUGGUCCCAUUAAUAUGGGGGCAGGUGGCCCUCAGGGUCCCAGACAGGUUCCAGGCAUUUCAGGAGUGGGAAAUCCUGGAGCUGGCAUGCAGGGAGCAGGCAUGCAGGGGGCAGGCAUACAAGGGGCAGGUAUUCAAGCAGGGGGCAUGCAGGGGGCAGGCAUACAAGGAGGAGGCAUGCAGGGGGCAGGCAUACAAGGAGGAGGCAUGCAGGGGGCAGGCAUACAAGGAGGAGGCAUGCAGGGGGCAGGCAUACAAGGAGGAGGCAUGCAGGGAGCAGGCAAGCAAGGUGGAGGGCAGCCUAGCAGUUUUAGUCCAGGGCAGAGCCAAGUAACUCCCCAGGAUCAAGAAAAAGCAGCUUUGAUCAUGCAGGUUCUUCAACUGACUGCAGAUCAGAUUGCCAUGCUGCCUCCUGAGCAAAGGCAGAGUAUCCUGAUUUUAAAGGAACAAAUCCAGAAAUCCACCGGAGCUUCUUGAAGGAUUUUAGAAAAUACAUGGGAGUAAUCUCAAAGUUAAUUCUGUUGCAUGGAGAAUGGGUGCAAAAAGCUGAUUUCUGCAUCCUCACACUUGAAUGAUUAGAGUUUAACUCCUCCUAGAGCCUAAUUUCAUUUAUUCUUGUUGUCUUUUUCUUUCUGUUUUCCUUUUCAUUUUUAAUUGGUGUUAGGGGGAGGAGGGAGUGGGCCUGUUCACUUUAAGUCACCAGAAAUAUACAAAAGUAACUCUGAACAUGAUUAUAGUUUAACAAAUAAGAUUACAAAGAAUACGCAGCAAUAUGAAAGGUCUCUGCAGUAUGUUAACUACAUUUUUAAAUAUUGAGUAGAACUAUGUGAAAACUGCACAUAGAGACUAAGGUAACCUGUGUUAAAAUGGUAAUGUGCUAAGACAGUUUAAGAUUUUAAGUUGUAAAAUAAAGACUUUUACCUCAGAAUUAUAAAGAUAAGUGUUUUGGUAAGCCAUUUAAAAUACAAAAUCCUAUUUUGGGGUUAAUGGGAUGCCAUAUUAGGUUAAGCAUUGUUUUAGUGUUUUUGAAUUAUUUUGAAAUGUUAGAGCUAACAGGAUAAGUUUAAACUUGUGGUAUUGGAAUUGCUUUUUUCUAAAGCUAUGCUACCUGAAAAAUCAAGGAAUGCACCUGGUUUUAUGUUGCUUCAUUUAUCCCACCCUUCAGAGACACUAUUCUGGUCUAGCUUUGAUUAGAUUCAGUCUCUCAGUACCUUCCCUUUUCUUAACAGUCUUUAAGAUCUAAGUCAAAUCUGGAUAAUUUUCACAUGGAAAUUUGUAUCAGAGCAAGUAUUAGUUAACAGAAGCCUAAACUUCCACGUAGCCAGAUGAUCUUACUCUGGAGAAGAAAAAUAUCUGGUUACGUAGUUAAAAAUAUUUAAUACAAGGAAAGAGCUAAGACUUAGAAAUUGAGUUAUUUUUCCCUUUAAGGUUUUUACAUCCUAAAUGGUAAUUAACUCUUUUUACAAAGUUCUUUGCUGCGCUGUUGUUGCUUGCUAUUUUACUAUUGUUUUUUGUACAUACUGUUAACUUUCCCAUGUUUUCUAUGUGUUUCUCCCAUGCUGGAGUGGUAACUCGCCUUCAUAUAUAUGAUUGUUCUGGUUAAUACUAAUUCAUAGUUGGUUUCAUUAUCUUGAAAUUACAGUUUUAUCACAAAGUUUUAGCUGAAGAGUUCUAAUGAUGAAAACUAUUGUGUUAUGUUCUUUAUUGUAGUAAAAUUGGCAUUAUUUAAUGCAAACUAAAUAAAAAGAAAGCAUAAUGAAGGC